UGUAAAUCUGCACAUGAUUCAAGCAAGCCUUUCUAAAACUGAGAUCGUUAUCAAGACUCUAGGGAUGAUUGAGCUAACUGAUGCACACACCGGGAUGUAUAUAAAAGAAAAAAUUCUUGACAUCUUACAUGAUUAUGAAAUAACUCUAGAUCAAGUGUUCAGCAUAACAUCAGAUAACGGCAAGAAUAUGAUAAAAGCCGUUCAAAUUUUAAAUGAAUCGACGGAGGAGUCCCUUUUUUGCGAUGACCGCGAAACUGAGAAUGUCAUGGAAAAACUAGAUUCCAUUGAUUUAAACAACAUUCACCUUGUAAGAUGCGCCGUACACACUUUGCAAUUAUGUGUGUUCGAUGUUAACAAGGCAAAGGAGAUCAGCGAUAAAAUUAGUGCCUGUCGCACGUUGAGCAAAUCGCUUCGCACAGAAACAAACAGACACAUUCAACAGAAAAUGUUCCAGAGGAGGCAACUAAUGAAAGUCAAGAUGCAUUUGAUUCCUCAUUAUCUUCGCAAACUUUAAACGUAUCCAUGUCUGGGGAGGAUUCGCUGCUUGCAGCUUACUUAAAUCAAGUUCAGACAAUCUCGGAAUGCACGGAAGAGCCUGUUUCUGCAAAGCUUGCAAAGAUUUAUGGGGACAUUGAAAACUUCGACUUUAUGUAUGGUCGCUUGCCACUCAAUGCAAAUAUAUUAAAUUUUUUUAAUGACAUAAAACUUAAACUGCCACAUUUGACUGCACUCGCACAGGUAGUGCUAGCUACACCUGCAACUCAGGUUUCUGUAGAGCGCGCCUUUUCUGCUCUGCACUACAUUUUAACUGAGCGACGAAGCUCAAUAAGUGCAGAAAAUUUAA